AUGGUGCAUUUUCAGAUAUACAAUGAACGCUUCCAGUGUUUUGUGGACCUGGACGAUGACACAGAAAUUAAGGAUGGAGCAAAAAUCAAUUUGCUUGUCUGCAAAGACACUGAGCAACCAAUAGCAGAAAAACAGCCAAACAUAGGGCUUCAGGACCUACACCAAGUGGGCGGCGCACAAAGUUCAUCAAAGGAGGUGGACAAGUAUGUGUUGCCUCAAGUGCCAGUCGACAUUGCAGUGGAGCUAAAAACAGUGAGAAAAGGGGAUGUUCCGGACCGGUUGAGGAGGAGAAUUGUAGACUGGAUUUUCUACGAUUUAUCAUCACAUGGAAUGUACCCAAAAAGGAUUUACACUGCCGCAGCAAGGACCCUGGUGGCUUCAUACCCACAGUUGAAUGACAGCUCGGACACUGGCUAUUUUUCAUGGCUGCUAUCUCUGAAAAACAAGUUUAAGAACGUUCGGAAACGGAUGCCACCUGGGUGUCCCGAAGUUGAUGCACAAAAGGAGAAAGUAAGAUUGCGUAAGCUGGGUGACGGCUGUGAUGAACAAAACAAAAUACCAUUCCGCCGUGAGGUUGACGGAAGGACACGCCAGUACCCAACAUUGAUCUUCACCGGUGAUAACGUCAUGUUCUCGGAAGGACUGAGUGUCACGUUCGAAAAUGUGCAAAUUGAUGUGCUUGAUGUGACGGCUGGUAUGUCUCUGUUGUUUUCCAUGUAUUGGGCUUAUAACAUUGAGUAUGUACAAUCUGCUAAACAAACCUUCGCAUUGCUUGAGCACCUGAUGAGUAUAAAAAGAUGCCAGAAUGUUCUUAUCAACAUGCACCUGCAGGAUUAA